GGAAUGCUUUCAGAAGGAAGAUGGGAAUGGCCAAGUACUAUUCGAUGAAAAGACAGGCCUUGAAGGAACUUCAGAAUAACGAGGCUGAUUUUUAACUGAACAUUUUUGCUGUAUUCCUGUAGCUCUGUAGUUCUAGUUUAGAAACCUCCCCUUGUUGGACAUAUUUCACAACCAGACGUCAGCAUGAAUAUGAUAAAUGCAGCAUCUAGGAAGAAGGAGAGACAAGAGGAGUUGGAACGUCAAAAAAAGGAAAAAGCGCUUGAUUCAAGUCCAAUCAGAACAGUUUUAGGAUCUCUAGCCCUGGGUGGUAAAAAGAAAGCUACAACUAAGAAAAACGAAAGAACUAAGCAAAUAUCAAGGGAACCAUACAAAAUUGAAGAAGUUCCAUUUAGUGAUAAUAAACCACAUCAACCAACAAACAUUAACGAAGUCCCCUUGAGGAGACAAGAUAGAAGAACAUUAAAUGCCCGGAAUAGAAGAAUAAUGGACAGAAAGUUGAUUUGCUGCAUUAUUUUUACUGGCUCUCUGUUAAUGGGCCUUGGAGGAGCUUGUCUAGCUGUUUAUUUUGCUGUGGAUGAGCCGGGAUUAAAACCUCUUAUCAUCGUAGGACCAGUUCUUCUAGCCGGUAGUCUAGUCACCUGGCUUCUUUCUAUUGAGAUCUGCAUCAGAUUAAGUAAAAACAACAAGAGAACCACUGACCCUGAACUGGAUAAGUUAGUUAACCUCCAUGAAAUCAAACACUGGAUGGAUCCUAUACUGAUCCCGUUUGGUUGGGGUCUCUUUGAGGAAGGAGACGAAGUGGUGACAAUAGACAAAG